UUCGCUCUCUUCCACCAUUUAUCAUCACUUCACUUCCCUUCUCUCCCCUCCCCCUCCCCCCAAAAGUCCCAAAGUCUGAUUUUGUGUCUAAAUCUUCAUUAAGUAGAAGUAAGAAACUGAGACCCAACAAUCACAUAUAUAAUCAAACCAUCAGCCAUGUUGCUCGGGAAGCGCCCUCGCCCUCCGAUGAGGAGAACGGCGAGCAUGACAGGGAUCACCGUGGAUAUCGGCCCCCAAGAAUCGUCUGAGGACGGCCUUCUCCACGUCUCCGGGGCAUCUAAUCCGGGGGAACACGUUGCAGCGUCGACUCACGAUCAUCGCAACUUCAUCCCAGCCAUUACGACUGCGGGUAACAGUACUACUGGGAACCGUUGGUACGACUACGACCAAAACCAUUUGGCUGCCCCUGCCAUGGUCUCGCCUAGGAGAAACCCCUACGGGACAACGACGGAGUACAUGGAGACAGCUCAGUUCUUGCGGAUUUGCGGGCUCUGCCAGCGCCAGUUGGUUCCGGGCCGGGACAUAUAUAUGUACAGGGGAGACACAGCAUUUUGUAGUCUAGAGUGCAGGGAGCAGCGAAUGAAGCAAGACGAGAGAAAAGAAAAGCGCACUUCCAGCACAGUUGCUUCAGUUUCCAAAUGACAACAUAUCUUAGGAGCUUAUGAAAUUCGAGACCGAGGCAUGUCUAGAUGGCUGGAAUUAUUUCACCGACUUAAGGGCGAUUUAGGUUAUUGAUUAAUCUGGGGAUCAAUAAUUCCCCCUGUCAUUAUUGGGGUCCUAUUUCAGACGACUACGGACUUCUCGGGACAAAUAGAGAGUGUCCCUGUUCCAUUCCUGCUCGGGCAUUUGUUUAUGGAAGGUAAUACAAAUGUAUCAGUCAGACACUUCUGUAGGGACCGAUGUGUCGAAGUGGUACGGCAAGUCCGGAUGGAGUUAUAAUUAAUGUAUGAAAUCAAAUUGGUAAUUAGAAAGCCAUAAGAGGGGCUAUGGCUCUGUAAGAAGCUGGCAAUUAUUGUACAUAUCUUGAACUCUCUGAAUAGGAAUGUGCCUAGCUAAGCUACUGCUUGUGUACAAUUAUUAGUAGGAGAUGGAAUUAACCAGACUCCAGUCUCCUAAAAAUUAAUGAAUUAUUACCCAAAAGUUUUUUGAUGGUU